AUGGCUGUUUGCCCUCUCCCCGGACCCUCCCUCCCUCCCCUCCCUUUGGGCAUCCCACCGGCAGCCGGGGACCACCUGGAGGUCCCCGCAGGGCGGGCGGCGGUGGCUCCGGGGAGGCACGACACGGUACGGCACGGCACGGCAGGACGAGGGCCGGCGGCCCCGCUCCGCCCCCGACCGGCGAUGGGGGGCCGGGCCAGCCGCCGUCCCCGGGGCUCCCCCGGGAGAAGCGGGCCCGCCUGCUCUCAGCGUCCCGGCCGGCGGCGGUGGGAGAUGGAGAAAUCUGCCGGUUCCCCCUCGGCGUUGGGCAGUUACCCGCAGAAAAACGCCGAGAUCCUGAGCAGCCAGUACGGCAUCAACCUCUUCCUGGCCGGGCUGCUGCUCACCUUCGCCUGGGCCGUCCACGCCGUGGGCAUCAGCAAGAGCCACCUGCUCUCCUACCUCAUCACGCUGAUGCUCAUCCAGCUGCUGUGGAUGCUGUGGUACCUGGGCAGGAGCUGCACGCAGAGGAGGCUGAUCCGGGACAAGGACACGCACGCCGGAGCCCGCUGGCUCAAGUGUGCCCAAAGUUCAAACCAUCAGCAGCCUUUAAACGACCCCCCCCCGCCCUCUCCCCGGACCCUCCCUCCCUCCCCUCCCUUUGGGCAUCCCACCGGCAGCCGGGGACCACCUGGAGGUCCCCGCAGGGCGGGCGGCGGUGGCUCCGGGGAGGCACGACACGGCACGGCACGGCACGGCACGGCAGGACGAGGGCCGGCGGCCCCGCUCCGCCCCCGACCGGCGAUGGGGGGCCGGGCCAGCCGCCGUCCCCGGGGCUCCCCCGGGAGAAGCGGGCCCGCCUGCUCUCAGCGUCCCGGCCGGCGGCGGUGGGAGAUGGAGAAAUCUGCCGGUUCCCCCUCGGCGUUGGGCAGUUACCCGCAGAAAAACGCCGAGAUCCUGAGCAGCCAGUACGGCAUCAACCUCUUCCUGGCCGGGCUGCUGCUCACCUUCGCCUGGGCCGUCCACGCCGUGGGCAUCAGCAAGAGCCACCUGCUCUCCUACCUCAUCACGCUGAUGCUCAUCCAGCUGCUGUGGAUGCUGUGGUACCUGGGCAGGAGCUGCACGCAGAGGAGGCUGAUCCGGGACAAGGACACGCACGCCGGAGCCCGCUGGCUCAAGUGUGGGAUUACAUUGUUUGCAGUGAUUACUUUAAUUCUGGACUCUUUUAAAAUUGGAUAUUAUGUUGAUUUUUCAAACUGUUUAUCACCAACUGAAGGCAUUUUUCCUGUUACACAUGCCGUGCACACCAUCCUACAGGUGUACUUUCUUUGGUGUCAUGCAAAGGAUAUUAUCCAGUCUUUCAAAACACUUGAAAGGUUUGGGGUUAUCCAUUCCGUGUUCACAAAUUUACUCCUGUGGACAAAUGGAGUGCUAACAGAGUCCAAACAUCAGCUGAAUGAACAUAAGGAGAGAUUAAUCACGCUUGGUUUUGGGAACAUAACAAUAGAUGAUCAUGCACCUCAAUGCAAUUGCACAACCACAACCCUCUGCUCGAUAUUUUCUCAAGGAAUUUAUUAUCUAUACCCCUUUAAUAUAGAGUACCACAUCCUAGCAUCCACCAUGCUCUAUGUCCUGUGGAAGAAUAUUGGCCGCAAAGUUGAGCACCACCAGCAACACAAAACUCCAUUCAAAUUCCACGGCAUAACGGUUGGCACGGUUUUUGGACUGGCCGUGUUAACUAGCACAAUAGCCAUAGUUGUUGUCUAUUUAAUUCAGAUUGGACGCUCGAAGAUCAAAAGCGAGUUAGCGCUCACGAUGUUUUACUUGCACGCCAUCUUUGUGUUGGCUCUGAUGUGCACAGCUGGAAUCGUCGCCCUUCUCAUCUACAGACUGGAAGACAGGUCACUGGACAAUUCCAAAAAUCCCGCUCGAAAGCUCGAUGCCGAGCUGCUGGUGGGCACAGCCGCGGGGUCCUGGCUCCUCUCCUGGGGCUCCAUCCUGGCCAUUAUCUGUGCCCAGGCUCAUCCGAAAUACACGUGGUACAACCUGCCCUACUCCGUCCUGGUCAUUAUUGAGAAAUACAUUCAGAACCUUUUUAUCAUUGAAUCCAUACACCGGGAGCAGGAAAAGGGGAACGACGACAUUAAAACUCUGCGAAUCGUGACUGUGUCUCGGGGGAGCACUUUAUCCCUCACCCCCUCCUACAAAGAGAUUUACAACGGCAGAGCUGCUCCCGGCAGCGGAGAGGUGCCCUGCCUGCUGAAGGGCAGUGGCAGAGAAAGCAAUGGUGGUGCCACAGAAGAAAGGAGCCAGGAGAAGAGUUCGGUCGUGCAUUCAGCCUCAGAUAUCUCAUUUUACAGUAGAAACUCAGUUACUAACAACAAGAGGAGGAUUCUGAAGAACAUCGCGGCGUUUUUGUUCCUAUGCAAUCUUUCGCUCUGGAUACCGCCAGCAUUCGGCUGCCGCCCAGAAUAUGACAAUGGACUGGAAGAAAUAGUUUUUGGCUUUGAGCCCUGGAUAAUUGUUGUGAACCUUGCGAUGCCUUUUUCUAUUUUCUAUCGGAUGCAUUCAGCUGCCUCGCUCUUUGAGGUCAAUUGUAAAACAUAG